AUGAGCGAGACGAAGAAGGGAACACACCAAAACAAUAUUGCUCCGUCCAAUAAAAUGUCCAUUCUCAAGCUAUUCGGGUUCCCACUCGUCGAGCACGACGGCGUUCAACCGGAAACCCCCGAAGGGGGUGGCGGCGAUAUCAACUCCGACCACGAUAGAAAGUUCCGUUGUCAAUUCUGCCGCCGAGUAUUUGCCAACUCGCAGGCCCUCGGCGGCCACCAGAAUGCCCACAAGAGAGAGCGCCAAAGGGCCAAACGCGCCCUUUAUUUCCACGCACUCCGACCGCCGCCGCUUUACACCAACAUUGGCAGUAGUGGUGGUUCUAGAAUUCUGCCUCCGAGCCGCAACGGGUACUUUACGGCGGCGUACGGCGGCGUAUCGGCGUCAUCAGGGCGGUGGAUGUUCGGAAAAAUGGAAUCUUCAGGGUGUAAAUUGGAUGGUGAAAAGGGAUUACCAAAUCAUGUGGGUGCUGUUGAUCUUCAUCUUAAAUUAACUUUAUGA